AGCGCAGGGUGUCUGCCCCGCUGCGCGCCGCGCGCGGAGGCUCCCUGCCGCUGCGUCCUUCAGCCCCCGCUCUUCGCGCCGGCCCGCGCGGGUCCCGGCGGGCGCGAACCCACCAUGCAGCUGCAGUUCCGGAGCUGGAUGCUGGCUGCGCUCACGCUGCUCGUGGUCUUCCUCAUCUUCGCAGACAUCUCGGAGAUCGAAGAAGAAAUCGGGAAUUCUGGAGGCAGAGGUACAAUCAGAUCAGCUGUGAACAGCUUACAUAGCAAAUCUAAUAGAGCUGAAGUUGUAAUAAAUGGCUCCUCAUCGCCAGCUGUUGUUGACAGAAGUAAUGAAAGCAUUAAGCACAACAUCCAGCCAGCCUCGGCCAAGUGGAAGCACAACGAGACGCUCUCGCUGAGGAUCAGGAAGCAAAUCUUAAAGUUCUUGGAUGCUGAAAAGGACAUUUCUGUCCUCAAGGGGACCCUGAAGCCUGGAGACAUUAUUCAUUACAUCUUCGACCGAGACAGCACGAUGAACGUGUCGCAGAACCUCUACGAGCUCCUCCCCAGAACCUCUCCGCUGAAGAACAAGCACUUCCGGACUUGUGCCAUUGUGGGCAACUCUGGGGUCUUGCUGAACAGCGGCUGCGGCCAGGAGAUUGACACACACAGCUUUGUCAUAAGGUGCAACCUGGCCCCAGUGCAGGAGUAUGCCCGGGAUGUGGGGCUCAAGACAGACCUGGUGACCAUGAACCCCUCCGUCAUCCAGCGGGCCUUCGAGGACUUGGUCAACGCCACGUGGCGGGAGAAGCUACUGCAGCGGCUGCACAGCCUCAAUGGCAGCAUCCUGUGGAUCCCCGCCUUCAUGGCCAGGGGCGGCAAGGAGCGCGUUGAGUGGGUCAACGAGCUCAUCCUGAAGCACCGCGUCAACGUGCGUACUGCAUACCCCUCUCUGCGCCUGCUGCACGCCGUCCGCGGUUACUGGCUGACCAACAAAGUCCACAUCAAAAGACCCACGACUGGCCUCUUGAUGUAUACCCUAGCCACACGUUUCUGCAACCAGAUCUACCUCUAUGGCUUCUGGCCCUUCCCGUUGGAUCAGAACCAGAACCCCGUCAAGUACCACUAUUAUGACAGCCUCAAGUAUGGCUAUACCUCCCAGGCCAGCCCCCACACCAUGCCCUUGGAGUUCAAGGCCCUCAAAAGCCUGCAUGAGCAGGGGGCUUUGAAACUGACUGUGGGCCAGUGUGAUGGGGCCACGUAAGGUGGGCGGCCCGUGGGACUCAGUGGCUCACAUUUCCUGCCAGCUACACCACAGGCGGAUGGGAGUCGGGGUGGCACAAACUAUAGAACAAGCAGGCUAGUGGUUUUCUUUGUUCAAGUGUAAAACAGUGACCAGAAUAUAUAUAUCUAUACCUGCAUA